AUGGCCGAGUUUAUCCGCACGCAAAUAUUCGGGACCACGUUCGAGAUCACGUCUCGAUACUCGGAUCUCCAGCCGGUCGGCAUGGGCGCAUUCGGCCUUGUAUGCUCCGCCCGUGACCAGCUCACGAACCAGAAUGUCGCAAUCAAAAAGAUCAUGAAGCCUUUCAGCACACCCGUCCUGGCUAAACGCACGUUCAGAGAGCUGAAGCUGCUCAAGCAUCUGCGACACGAGAACGUCAUUUCGCUAUCGGACAUCUUCAUAUCGCCCCUGGAGGACAUCUAUUUCGUCACAGAAUUGCUGGGAACCGACCUGCACAGGCUUCUGACGUCACGGCCUCUCGAGAAGCAGUUCAUCCAGUAUUUCCUAUACCAGAUCAUGCGCGGCCUGAAAUACGUCCACUCGGCCGGCGUGGUGCACAGAGAUCUGAAGCCGAGCAACAUCCUGGUGAACGAGAACUGCGACCUGAAGAUCUGCGACUUUGGCCUCGCUCGCAUCCAGGACCCGCAGAUGACGGGAUAUGUAUCGACGCGCUACUACCGCGCGCCGGAGAUCAUGCUCACGUGGCAAAAGUACGAUGUUGAGGUCGAUAUCUGGAGUGCUGGCUGCAUCUUCGCGGAGAUGCUGGACGGCAAGCCGCUCUUCCCCGGCAAGGACCACGUCAACCAGUUUUCCAUCAUCACCGAGCUUCUCGGCACGCCGCCAGAUGACGUAAUCAACACGAUUGCUAGUGAGAAUACGCUGCGAUUUGUCAAGUCGCUCCCCAAGCGCGAACGACAAUCGCUGAGAGACCGGUUCAAGAACGCAGAAGACCCAGCCAUCGACGUGCUGGAGAAGAUGCUGGUGUUCGAUCCAAAGAAGCGAAUAACAGCAACGGAAGCCUUGUUACAUGAGUAUCUGGCGCCCUACCACGACCCAACGGACGAGCCGGUGGCCGAGGAGAAGUUUGAUUGGAGCUUUAACGAUGCAGACCUCCCUGUCGAUUCGUGGAAGAUUAUGAUGUACUCGGAGAUUUUGGACUACCAUAACAUUGAGACGACCGAGCCAGUAGUUACCUAA